UUCAGGCUGGUUUUGAUGUGCUCACAAAAAAAAAAGUUUGAGGGCCAUUGCACAAUUAGAAAGGCUUGUUUGAGUAGAGCGCGUACAGCCCAUCUAGAUAAUAAAACCAGGCCCAUAUCAACUCAACAAAAUCCCCUAAAAAAAUCAAGAGAAGAAACUCGAGGCAAUUUCACAGUUCCUUUGGAGAGAGAGAAGAAAAAAAAACACGGCCGCUGCGUCGCCAUGGCGGGAGAGGACCAGCCCCUGACGGAGUACGAGAAGCAGCGGCUGGCGCGGAUACGGGAGAACGAGGCCCGCCUCCAGGCCCUCGGCAUCCGCCGCCUAGCGGCGUCCCCCCUCCUCAACCAGCCGUCCUCCGCGGCGGCGGCGGCGGCGGCGGGGGGGGCCAAGAGAAAACAGAAGAAACGAUCCGACGAUGCGGACGAGGAGUACCUCCCGUCCGACGGGGGCGGCGGCGAGGAAGAGGAGGAGGAGGAGGGCUCGUCGGCCAGUGACCAAGACUCCGAGGAGGAGUUCAAGGCUUCCUCUAGGUCUAACCAAAAGGGAAAGGCAAAGAAGAAAAUGAACUUGGGAAGCUCUUCUAAAAGUACCGUUAGAGAAGAAGGUGCUCCCUUCGCCGAUUUUAUGGAUGAUGACGCAGCCUUACAACAGGCGAUUGCGCUCUCCCUGGCAGAACCUUCAAAAAGUUCCGUGACGACAACAACAGAACCUUCAAAAAGUUCCGUGACGACAACAACAGUUGCAGAAACUUCGAGCAGAGGAGCCAAAGGACGAAAAAGCACGCCGUGCAAAAAUGACAAUACCACACCUGUUAAGGACUCCGCUAAAAAUAGGAAGACAAAGAAGCAGGUCAGGAGCAGAAUUCAACUGUCGGAAGAUGAUGUGGUGGCAAUAUUCUUCUCAUUUGAUGAGGCUGGAAAAGGAUACAUCGCACCCUGGGAUCUUGAAAAAAUGGCCAAUAUAAAUGAUUUCAUCUGGACAGAUUUUGAGCUAUCUAAGAUGAUCCAUUGCUUUGAUAGUGACAAAGAUGGAAAGAUAAGCCUCGAGGAAUUCCGCACCAUCGUGUCUCGAUGCAACAUGUUGCAGGAGCCAGAGGAGUGAUGAUGACAGGGCAAAUAGACGGUGCCUCUCCGAAACCUAACUAUUAAGACGGCAUGGAUUUGAAGGUGAAACUGGGCAAAGAAUGCUGGAGCCUGGAGGCAUGAGUCGAUGAAAGUCCCAGGACUGAACGGAACCUCUGUUCACAUGAGCUGCAUAUCAAGGUCCUUGUAGGAGGAGUAGCUGUUUCAUCCAGGAUUAAUUGUUCAUGUACGUUAUUGAGUAGUACUACUAGGGACCACUGUUGCUGUUCUAAUAGGAAUCACCAAUUCGCCGUGCUCU